AUGGCUGUUAACCAGGCCCCUGUAGCCCAAGCGGUUACCGUAAGCCUGAAAGAUCUCGAAAAUGGCACUGUCUCCUUCGACACCCUUACCGAAGCCUUCGGCCCAUCGUCCUUGGGAAUUGUAGUUGUGAAAGACCUGCCCGAGAGCUUCAUUAAGCUACGCGCCCAAGUUCUCUCAAGCGCAUCUUACCUGGCAGCCCUCCCGCCCAAUGAGCUUGAAUCCCUCGAAAGCCCCGAAUCCAAGUACCUGGUAGGCUGGUCCUGUGGCAAGGAAACUCUUAAGUCAGGUCACUUUGAUACGCUCAAGGGCUCCUACUACGUCAACUGCGCCUUCUACCAAGACUCCAAGCUAGACAGCGCCCCCGCAGAUGGAUUCCCCGAUCUACCGCAGUACACGGCACCCAAUAUCUGGCCCUCACCAGAGCGUCUGCCAACCUUCAGACCUAGCAUCGAGAGUCUCUGCUCACUGAUCAUCCAGACCGCGGGACUAGUCGCGCGCGCAUGUGAUCGGUACGCCGAGGCGAACAUCGAAGAUUACAAACCGGGCUAUCUGCAGCGUGUUGUCGAAACGAGUCUAACCACCAAAGCGAGACUUUUGCAUUAUUUCCCCGCGGCCGUGGAAGAUGCUCCUGGCAAAGAGACCGAGAAGGACGAUGACGAUUGGUGCGCGACUCAUAUCGAUCAUGGCUGUCUGACGGGUCUUACGUCCGCUAUGUUCCUGGAUGAAGCUGCUACGCCUCCGACUCUGGAUUCUUCGGCUUCUCCUCUCCCUGAGCUUACGGCCUCCCCGGACCCGUCUGCGGGAUUGUAUAUUCGUUCCCGGGCGGGAGAGGUCGUCAAAGUUAAUAUCCCCAAGGAUUGUCUUGCGUUCCAGACUGGUGAGGCGCUUCAGUUGAUUACUAGGGGGAAGUUCAGGGCUGUGCCGCAUUUUGUAAAGGGGGCGAAGUGUGCGGAUGGGCGGAUUGCGAGGAACACGUUGGCGGUGUUUACGCAGCCGAAUUUGGGGGAGGAGGUUGAGGCUGGGUUGACCUUUGCGGAGUUUGCGAGGGCGGUUGUACAGAAGAAUUACUAG